AUGAAUUCAGCUGAUAGUUUGUUGAUUAUUGAAUGUUAUCAUUUUGCUUCAUUAAAGGAGUUUGUUAGAGUGGCUAGUGUGGCAGCUUUAUAUUUAUUCAUAAAUGUCACUACUACAUUCUGA